CGUGGUUUGAGUUCAUCAGCUGACUGCGGGGGGAGGAAAAGGAAGAAGAGAAGAAGAUGGAAGGGAACAGAGACGAAGCAGAAAAAUGUAUCAACAUCGCCACGAAAGUGCUGGAAGCAGGAGACAAGGAGAAGGCCUUGAAGUUUCUCUACAAAGCGGAGAAGCUGUACCCGACCGACAGAGCUAAAGCCUUGUUGAACGCGUUAACGAAGAAUGGAAGCUCAGCAGGCAACGGCGCGUAUCGCAGGCGGCCCAAAGACCACUCAGAAACAGCGGGUUCCCAGCCAGGAGGAGAGCAUCAGGAAUCUGCAGGAGGCGACUCUAAAAGCUUCACAGAUGAGCAGGUGGAAGGGGUUAAAAGAAUAAAGCGGUGUAAGGAUUAUUAUGAGGUUCUUGGUGUGAACAAAGAAGCUGGAGAUAAAGAGCUGAAAAAAGCCUACAGGAUGCUCGCUCUGAAGUUCCAUCCAGACAAGAACCACACCCCUGGAGCAACAGAGGCCUUCAAAAAGAUUGGGAAUGCUUAUGCAGUUCUGAGCAAUCCAGCAAAGCGACAGCAGUACGACCUGACGGGCGGGGAGGAGCCGAGCAGCCCGAGCCAAUCCCACGGAGGAGGCUUUGACUUCCACAGAGGCUUCGAAGCCGACAUCACGCCUGAAGACCUCUUCAACAUGUUCUUCGGGGGCGGCUUCCCCUCCUCCAGCACCCACACAUUCACCAAUGGCAGGACAAGCUACAGCCAUCACACGGAUUACCGACAGGAGAGGACAGAGGAGCGAGGCGAUGGGGGCUUUUCAAUGUUCAUCCAGCUGAUGCCCAUCGUGGUCCUGAUCUUGGUGUCAAUACUGAGCCAGUUGAUGGUGUCCCCCCCUCCAUACAGCCUCUACUCCAGACCGUCCACAGGUCAGACAGUAAAGAGACAGACGGAGAACCUGCGUGUCGAUUACUACGUCACCCGAGACUUCAAAUCAGAGUUUAAGGGCUUGGCUCUGCAGCAAAUUGAGAAAAAUGUAGAAGAGGACUACGUAACUAAUGUCAGGAAUAACUGCUGGAAGGAGAGACAGACAAAAACAGACCUGCUUUAUGCUGCAAAGGUUUACAGAGACGACCGUAUGCGGAAGAAGGCCGAGCUCAUGACCAUGGAAAACUGCAAGGAGCUGGACAGACUAAAUAACUUAUUCAGAGGCGGAUGAGUUCGGAAGCUUGUAACAAAUGUGAAUAUAUGAAUAGAUGUCUAUGCUCUUUUUUUUAAACAGCGAGGCUUUACAUUAGCAGCAAAAGAUUAUUAAAUUAUUUAAGGCUUGUUUGAGGUUAGAAACGUCACACACCUCAAAUCUCAUCCUGUGAACGGCUCUUCCUCCUCAUUCCAGCCUGUUCCCAGGAAUCGCCUUGUUGCAUCGUAAUGAACCAGUCUGCACACUGUUAAAUAUUCUACACUUAUUUUUAUUUAUUUUGACUUGUUUCGCUAGUAACCAGAAGGACAAGGACACCUGAUUGUAGAGAUUUUGCAGUGAGAAUAGGAAGGAUUUCUACAUCGUGGGUUCAUCAUGACGAAGAAAGUAAAAAAAAACGGCGAGUUUAUCAGGAGAUGUUCUCCAGUGAGAUCCAUAUCACUGAGGAGCAAAAAAACCAAACCGGGUUUUAGCAUUUUAUUUCCCUCGCUGAGUGGAGAAAAUUAGACCGUUUGGUUUUCUUCUGCAAAAUAUAUUUCAGAUUGAAACAGUAAAUCGCACACAUCAACACGUCCAUCAAGAAAUGGUUGUACACUUUCAUUUUUGAAUGUUUAAAGUUUUGGCAUUAAUUGAAGUAACUAACUGAAGGAACAGGUUUUCUCUUCAGUGCUGGCCUGAUCAUUUAAAUAAAGUCAAACUGGAUUAAUGUG